UUGUGGGAUCAAGUUUCGAUCAAUGUGAUUGGCUCUCUGUCUCUGUCUCUGUCUCUCUCCCUUCCCCUCUCUCUCUUUCUCUCCCUUGUUUUCUUUUUAAGAAGAAGACUCUACGAACAAUACCUGGCGAAGAUGAGUGUUGCAGCAAAGAAAAGAAAGGAAAGAAAGAAAGAAAGCUGAUAGAAAGCUGAGAUAAUAAAGAAAGCUGAUAAUAACCGAAAGAAAACCAAAGUAAAUAUGGCUUUUCUUCUCCUCCUCUACUACUCCUUCUAUAGCUUAGCUUAGCUACCUCUAUAGCUCUCUUAUUUCUUCUCUCUCUCCCCCACACAUCCAUAGCACUUGAAAAAUACACUCUAGAGAGAGAGAGAGGUGGGGGGGAUUGUUUCUCUGUUUCUUUAUAAUCACACGCAAGAUAGAAUCAACAAGAAUUCAUCCAUGUUAGCCAAUAGCUCUCCCUCUUCACUUCCGUCUAAUCCUGAGCCAUUUUUUUGCUUGGAAAAUGGAAAUAGCAAUAACAAGAGGAAAAGAAGGCCAGCGGGAACACCAGAUCCAGAUGCAGAAGUGGUUUCUUUAUCGCCAAAAACACUAUUGGAAUCCGAUCGUUACGUUUGUGAGAUCUGCAACCAAGGGUUUCAAAGAGACCAAAACCUACAGAUGCAUAGAAGAAGGCAUAAAGUCCCAUGGAAGUUACUAAAGAGAGAGACCCCAGUUGUAAGGAAACGUGUAUUCGUAUGUCCAGAGCCUAGUUGCUUGCACCAUGACCCUUGUCACGCGCUUGGUGAUCUUGUUGGUAUAAAGAAACAUUUUCGAAGAAAACAUAGCAAUCACAAACAAUGGGUUUGUGAAAAAUGCUCCAAGGGCUAUGCUGUUCAAUCUGAUUACAAAGCUCAUCUCAAAACCUGUGGCACCCGUGGACAUUCUUGUGAUUGCGGCCGUGUUUUUUCCAGAGUUGAGAGUUUUAUUGAACACCAAGAUAGCUGCAAUAUGGGGCGACUCCGAUCAGAAUCACAGUCGCUACAACCGGCUGCAUGCUUGUCUAGAACUGCUUCAAGUCCAAGUCCUUCUAGUGAUAACAAUUUGAGUACAGCUCCUUGGCCUCCUUUGAUAAUACCAAGGCCAACAACAACGAGUGAUCAUGCCAUGUUCUUUAGCCCUACUACGGCUACAGAUGUUGUGGAUAAAACAGAUUCUUCAAAAAGUGCUGCACACUACCAGAAUUUGGAGCUUCAGCUUUCGACCACAUCAAGAAAUCCCCCCGAGGUCUCAGUUUCUCCUAAGAGAGAUGAUAAUCAUUCCACUCAGUUGCAGCUCUCAAUUGGGUCAAGUGAUGUUAGUGACAGAAAUGAAUCAAACAUCACUUACACAAACAAAGAUCAUGCUGGCAAAAGCUUUCCUAGAGAGAGCAAUAACAGUCCAAAACCUGAAUUGGGUGCUUCAAGGCUUAAAGAACAGGCACGAGAGCAGUUGAGGAUGGCCAUGACAGAGAAGAUUUAUGCUGAAGAAGCAAGACAACAAGCGAAAAGACAGAUUGAACUGGCAGAGCAAGAAUUCGCCAAUGCUAAGAGAAUUAGGCAACAAGCUCAAGCUGAACUAGGCAAAGCACAAGCUUUGAGACAGCAUGCAAUAAAGCAAAUCAACUCCACUAUUCUACAAAUCACUUGUCAUGCUUGCAAACAGAAGUUCCAUGCAAGAACAACAACAGAUGAAAACUCUUUGGUAUUCAGUUACAUGUCAUCAUCUAUAACAGAAGGCGAAGUAAAGCACAAUAAUGGGAUUGGUCUCGCAAAAACUUCUAACAGAUGAAAUAAUUAAUCCUCCUAUCUAGCUAUGUAUUUGUUUCUUCAUUAUUAACCCCAUCCACCUCUCUCUCUUUCUUAUAAUUUUUUUCUUCUAUCUAUUGAUUAUUAUACCAAGUGAGUGUUGUGAUUAUAAUCUCAAGUGGAUUAGUGAAGUGUUGUAAUAUCAAUCAGUAUGUGUGAAGUUAUUAUUUGUUCGUUAAUUUUGGUAAUUAAUGGAAAUUAUGAUAAUGGGUUUUCAA